AUGGCAACUAGUGUUGGCACCACUAACCCCGGUACAGACGAGGGAAUUAUUCCCGUGAUUUUAGACAGCGGCUCAAGCGGUUUCAGAGUCGGAUUUGCCGGUGAUGAUAAUCCCAAAGUCAUUGAUAUCGCCACAAAGGUAGGUGGGAAGAAUGACAAGGCGCCUAUUCAACGGGGACGUGUUGUUGAUUGGGAACGACUGGAGCUGCUUUGGUGGGAGGCGUUAAGCCACAAAGAUGUUCGGUAUGUUGACAGUCCAAUCCUCUUUACCGAGGCACCUGUGGCACCCAAAUAUGACCGUGAGAGAACAACACAAAUCGCAUUUGAAAGCUUUAAUGCUCCUGCUGCUUAUUUAUCGAAUCAAGCGGCAUUGGCGCUCUACGCCACGGGAAAAACCACUGGACUGGUGUUGGAUAUUGGACAUGGAGUAACACACACAAUUCCUGUGCUGGAAGGCAACAACAUCUACUCUGGAGUGUUUAGUACAGACGUAGCAGGUGAAGAUCUGACAGAAUACCUCAAAAAACUGACUGGACGGAGUGAUCAUUGCGAAUGGUUGAAGGAAAAGGUGUGUGAGGUCUCCUUGACCCCAGAGAAGAUGCAGGCCUCCGCGGUGGUGAAGUACACCCUUCCCGACGGUGAGGGAAUCUCAAUAGGAGGUGAGAGAUUUCAAUGUCCAGAGGCGUUAUUUAAACCCAGUCUAUUGCAAAACGAAGUAGGUUGUUUGGCAGUGCAAGAAGCUGUUUACCAUUCCGUUCAACGAUGUGAUCGUGAUACACGUCGAGAGUUGUACGCCAACAUCGUUUUGGCAGGUGGUUCAAGC